AGUCGCUGCCCAAGCGAAGCUGCUCAGCCGCGGUAACCGGUCGGAGCCUCCAAGGCGCAGAGGAGCUAGCGGAGGGGCGGGGCGCGGGCGGGCGGAGGAGCCGCGGGGCACUGGCUCCGCGCGGGGAUUGUGUCCGGCCACCGCGUACUUUCGAGGGCGCCUCUACAUUCGGUUUCGUUCCGCUCAAGCUGGAAGCACCUAAGGGACUGAUGCCCUUGGCCAUGAGGCACCCCCAGCUGCUGUCUGCUCAGGCGCAGCUCGCGUGACUGAGCCAUCACUGCUCCAGCUGUUUCACCUGUUAUCUGCCCCCUACCAAACACCCCACUUAGGCUGGCCCAGUCCAGAGCCACAGCCCGUCCUCAGCCUUCAGGAAGUCCCUGGGGCCCAGCCCUUCCUGCUCCUGCUGCUCUCAGAGCCCCUGCCCAGCCAAAGGGCAGUUCCAGGAAGACUCCCUCUGGCCCAGCCCAGGGCCGCAACCACAGCUGGUCUUCAGCCUGCCGCACAUCUUUGCAGAGUUUGAUGGGGCGCCGGGCGGAUGACAGCGGGAACAGUUGUGAUCACUGGCGGAAUCCUAGCUACGGUGAUCCUCCUCUGCAUCAUUGCCGUCCUGUGCUACUGCAGGCUCCAGUAUUACUGCUGCAAGAAGAGCGGAACCGAGGAUGCAGACGAGGAGGAGGAGCAGGAGCACGACCUUCCCACGCACCCCAGAGACCCCAGCUGCAAUGCCUGCAGCUCCCAAGCCCUGGACGGCAGAGGCAGCUUGGCACCUCUCACCGGGGAGCCCUGCAGUCAGCCCUGUGGUGUGGCAGCGAGCCACUGCACCACCUGCUCCCCAUACAGCUCCCCCUUUUACAUACGGACGGCUGACAUGGUGCCCAAUGGGGGUGGAGGCGAGAGGCUCUCCUUUGCUCCCACAUACUGCAAAGAGGGGGGACCCCUAUCCCUCAAACUGGCAGCACCCCAGGGUUACCCGGUGACCUGGCCAGGCUCUGGGUGUGAGGCCUUCACCAAUCCAAGGGCUAUUAGUACAGACGUGUAAACCCUUCCAACCUAACCCGCACACACACCCACACUGCCGCCCUGGCAGGAGCCAUGGACACAGUAGCUGACCCUCCAACAGCCCCACAUGGGCUCUCUCUGUUUCUUUGGCUUUUCUUACUCCACAGUGGAGGGUUUACCAGGAUUUAAGCUUUUGAGUGCAUUGAGAACCAGGACAGGGCCUGGCUCCAACUCUGUGGCCCAGAGGUGGGGGGCUGCUAGGUUGAGUCAGCAGCCUCCCCAGGUUCUCAGUUGGGACACUCCUCCGGUAGCCCCAGCAGCACCACAACCCUUGCAGCAGGCCCAGCCCGGGGCUUUGCUGGACUGCACAAAGGAGCACCACGGAAAGCUCAGCAAAGCCUCUGGAAGCCUCCAGGGUCCUUGGGAAGUGAAGCAUCCGUGCCUGCGAGAAGGGGACAGAGGGCAGGGGGAGAAGGGAGAGCUGCGAUUCCAGCAUUGGAGAAGCGAGGGUAGGGGCGCGAACGGGGCUGCGUAUCCAAGAGCUAGUUCACAACCCACUUUUGUACGGUUGGUUACCAUAGCUACUGCUGUCACUGUAGCUGCUUCCAUAGGGACGUUGAUUCCUGAACGUAUCACAUCUCACCUGCCCCCUUCCUCGUGGAACCCAUCGAGUUUACUUUAAAGCCUAAGGUGACUUACGGGGACGGCACCAGAAAGUGACUCUCUAACCUUGUGUUCCUCGAAAUCCUUUCUCUGCCUUAGGAACUAGCGCCCCCUGCUGGAAAAGCUUUUUCAUUUUGUUACCAGAUUUCUAGUAGCUUAGCAGAGACCUCUGGGCCCAGCCCACCACCCGGAGCAGCUCGCGUGGAUGCAGUCCGUUCCCAGGUGUAUACAUACACACACACAUACCAGUCACCACGGGUAGGCAACAGGGGCUUUGUACCUUCAGGAGCUGCAGAGUGGAAAAGUCUCCCAUGUACCAUCGAGAAAGAAAAGUCUGAUCCCCAAAGAGCUUGAAAGAAAGGCGGUUAACGUGGCCAAUCCCCAUGGCAGCCAGCGGGCUGGUGAACAGGAAGAGCUCAGACUCUCCGUGGGGUGAAGUUGCAGCAGCUGAAACCACGUCAGCGUCCCCAUAGCCCAACAUUCUACUCGGGCAUCCACCCGUGACGCCGUUGAGCAGGACCUUCAUCCCAGAGCAACAGCACCGUCCUGAGGAUGGGAGGAAGUGACAUAGCCUUGGGAUUCCACGCUUACCGCGCCCAAGUGGCCGCCCUACUCCCCAGUCUCUGGCGAUCAGCCAUUCAUUGUGGCUCACACCAGUCUCAUUUCCAACUCUGACUUCCCACUUAGAACGUGGCAGUGGCCUUAUGCUUGGUGAGUGAGCAUGCCUGAUGAGUUUUCCAGUGGCCCUGAAGAAGCUCGUCCCCUUCUCACUCCUGAGUCACUGAAUUCGCAGAGGGUGGGGCAGGGAAAGGGCUGGCCCCCCUGCUGAAAUCUUGAUUCUGCAUUUGACAAAGGCAGGGUGCUUCUGAGGGAGCAGGGAGGGAAGAGGGGAACGCACGUCCUUUGCACCACGAUUAAGGCACCUUUCACCUUGCAUCUCAAUCAGGAAUGAAAGCACCCUGAGUUGAGAAGCAGACUGGGCUCUGGUCACACUUCGGUCACUCAUUAGCUCUAGGACCAGUCACUAAUCUCUGAGGCUCCAUUUUCUCUGGGGAAACGUGCUUUGCCCAGAUAAACUAAGGACCAUUUAGUUUAUCUGCUCUAGGAAGUGAGAAUUUCCUGAAAAGAUCUGCCGGCCCGGGGCCACUCCCUCUUGCCCUAAUCCUGGCAGGGUCUGGAGGUAUUGACCCAGGUUUCUGACCUUGUGUGCAGGAACACUUACUGGUAGAUGAGAGACCACAAUAAAACAAGAUUAGCAGCAAA